AUGUCUACAGAAACAAUACCUUAUCAACUGGAUAAAUUUAGUGAAACAUCUGCGGUAGUUGGUAUAGGUAAAACACGUGAAGAAUAUUUAAAGCUAUUUUCACGAGCAUGUAUUUCACCAGAAAAUGAUCGACCAUAUUCAAAUCCAAUGUCAGGAUUUUAUGAUGCAUUAAAUACAAGUACAAGUUUAAUUUUACUUAAUCAACGUUUUAAAUAUUCACAUUUACGUGAGCAAAUUUUACUUGAAGAACUCUCAAAUUCAUCUCGAAAAGAAUUCGAUUACGAAAGUAUAUUUGAAGUUGAACAACCAAAAUCAAAACAUACAAAAAAAAUUCGUUCAUCAAGCAUUGGUCAAACGAAAUAUUGGCAUGAUCGUCGAUGUACAAGUUCAUGUUUAACAAGUCAUUCAACAGAUAUUUCUCAUGUCGAAUCGAAUCGAAUAAAACAAUCUCGUAAAGCACAUAAGAAACCAAGACGAUCUGUAUCUGUUAAUCGUUGUUCAUCAACUCGUAUAUUCAAACAAGAUACAUCUCAUGAAGAACCUCAACCUGAUCCAUCUUUUACUGAAUCUGUUUAUCAAUAUUAUCAGGAUGUAAUAGAAAAAUCUCAACAAUCUGAAUUUAAUUUACAACAAUAUUCAAUUAAAGAAUCAUGUAAUCAACGUUUAAAAACAACUGGAAUUCGUCGUAAAUUACCAUUAACAAAAGGUCAACAAUUAUCUUUAUUAGAAAAAUAUCAUAUUUAUGAUAUAAAUGAUAUUAAAGUACGACGAAGUCAUUCGUAUUCACAAACUUUAACUGAUCGUUUGAAAGCAGAUUUCAAUUGUAAACCAAAAUUUCGUUUAAAUGAUGUUCAUGAUUAUAGUAAAUAUGCAAAAUUUCUUCAAAUACCUCGUUCAUUAAGUCCAGGUUCUUCUAUUCGAUCAGCUGAUAAUAAAAAACAAUUAACAAAUAAUAAUAUUCAUAAAUCAUUUACUACAAGUAACAAUAAAAAUCCUGUUACUAUUCUUCAUCAUCAAGAACCAAAACAAAUUUCAACAUUACCUAUUCAGAAUUAA